AUGACGAAGGCUAUAGCUCAUAGCUUACCAAAUACAUUUCAUAGGUAUUGUAGUUGGCACAUACUUGAGAAGUUUUCUACAUAUUUGAAUGUAAUUACUUACAGAGAUUUUUAUAAGGACUUCCGACAAUGCAUUUGGGAAUCAGAAUGCCCCGAAGAGUUUGAAAGAAAAUGGGUGACUAUCAUCGAGAAGGCGAGCCUAUAUGACAAUGAUUGGUUAAGGUCAAUAUUUGAAAUGCAUAAUAGAUGGGUGCCUACAUAUGUUAAUCAUAUAUUCUCGGCCGGGAUGUCAAGUAGCCAACGUGCUGAAAGUUCCCAUGCAUUCUUCAAGAAAUAUGUUUUGAAGAAGAAUUUAUUGAUGGAUUUCAUACUUCGAUUUAAUAAGGUACUUGCACAUCAAUGUCACGAAGAGUUAGCUGCCGAUCACGUUGAUAUUAAUGAGAAGCCUAUUUUAAAAUCGUUGUUGGAAAUGGAAAAGCAAAUGGCUGAGAUUUACACAUGCAAGAUUUUUCUUAAGUUUCAAGAUGAGUUGUGGCAAAGCUUAGUAACAAUGCCACAACUUGUGCAUGAAAAUGAUACACAUAAAAUGUAUACGAUCGAUAGGGGUCCUCAUGACGAUGUUCUUAGAGCUCAAGAAAUUUCUUAUGACAAAGGUUUGAACUAUGUAUCUUGUAGUUGUAAGAAGUUUGAGAGUCAAGGAAUUCCAUGUAGGUAUAUUUUGGUAUUUUUGCGACUCUGUGGUAAUAUUCCCUUGCCAAAUAAGCAUAUAAUGAAAAGGUGGACUAGAGUUGCAAAAUUUCAAAUGAUAUCCGAUAAGCAAGGUGUAAAGGUAAGUGGAAUGGGUAGUUCAAUGUUGAUGUGGCAAGCUAAACUAUUCCAAAUUGCCUCAAAAGUCAUUGAUAAAGCCAUUACAAAUGAGGAAUCAAGUGUAAUUGUGAAUGAUAGUCUUAAAGGUUUGCUUGAGAAGCUUAAUUCCUUAGGUGGCAGCAAGAAGAGUGGAGACAUGUUUGGAAAAGAUAGUAAUGUUUAUGACACAGCGUUGAAAGAUCCAUCUCAAGUGAGGGCAAAUGGAUGUGGACAAAGAUUAAAAAUGGGGAAAGAGAUAGCAAUAAAAAUCGCAAAGUAUAGAGGUCGACAUUGCAAUGGAUGUGGAAAGAUUGGAGAAUCGCAUGACAAAAGAAAUUGUCCAAUCCUCAACAGCCCUCACAAAUUGGGGAUAUUCCUCCACAAGCAUCGGAGAUUGAAUCACAAUGUGACAGUUUUACUUCAACAAGUCAACAUUAGAGAACUAAGGGAUGACCCCAGGGUGUGA